CUUGACAGCUGCUGGUGAACCGUGCCUGUGUGGCUCCGCCCCUCGUCCCUGCAGCGCUCAGUUGUUUCUGUGGCAGACUUCAACAGCUCGUGCACCUGAACGCGACUCUGGAGACAUGCGGGUGGCAGUGAUCGGAGCCGGGGUCAUUGGUCUAUCAACAGCUCAGAGCAUCUAUGAGCGGUAUCACUCAAGCGUUUCCCCGCUGACCAUCGAGGUGUAUGCAGACCGUUUCACUCCACUGACCACUAGUGAUGGAGCCGCUGGCUUCUGGCAGCCCUACCUGUACGAUAAGGGCAACGUCCAGGAGACGAAAUGGAAUAAAGAGACAUUUGACUACUUGCUGAGCUGCCUCAGCUCAUCAGAGUCUGUAAAUAUGGGUAUAUUCCUUCAGUCUGGCUACAACCUCUGCACCGAAGCUGCCCCAGAUCCCUCCUUCAAAGAUAUUGUCCUGGGCUUCAGACAGCUCACAGAACGAGAGCUUCAGAUGUUCCCUGGAUACAAGUUUGGGUGGUUUAACACUGCUCUCAUGGUGGAAGGUAAAACAUAUUUACCUUGGCUCAUGGACUGGUUGCAAAAACGGGGGGUCAAAUUUUACCAGAGAGAAAUUGAGUCCUUCAAGGAGUUGGCAGAAACUGGGGCAGACGUUAUCAUAAACUGCACUGGCAUGAGAUCAGGAGCGCUGCAGCCUGACCCGGACCUGAAACCAGGCCGUGGUCAGAUAGUGAAGGUGGACGCUCCGUGGUUAAAACAUUGGAUUCUGACCCACAACUUCAAGGCGGGAGUCUACAAUUCACCGUACAUCAUUCCAGGGAGUCGUCUUGUGACUGUCGGUGGGGUUUUCCAGUUAGGAAACUGGAGUGAAAAUAACAACUCUGCUGACCAUAAGAAAAUCUGGGAAGAUGCUUGCCGGCUCGAGCCCAGUCUCAAGCAUGCCAGGAUAGUGGAGGACUGGUCCGGCCUCAGGCCUGUUCGCAGUAAAGUCCGACUGGAGAGGGAGAACAUACAGGCUGGUGCUAGGACAAUAGAGGUGAUACACAACUAUGGCCAUGGAGGUUUUGGACUCACCAUUCACAGAGGCUGCGCCCAGGAGGCAGCGAGGCUCUUCGGUCAGAUCGUGGAACAAAAAGGCCAAGGUCUAAAAGCUCGCUUGUAAUCUUGUGUCCCAGAGUAAUGAAAAAAGGAAUAAAAGAUACACCCAUCACACAUCAGUGCCUUGUACCCAGAUGUUGUCUACCCCAACAUCGAAAUCCAACAGAUGUUCCGAAUGAUUUAUCUUUGGUGUAAUAACUUAAAACAAUAUAAUGUGAAUGUGAAAAAAAAAAACACUACUAUAGGUGUUCUCAUCCAGUAUUAAUUAAGAGAUGGCUCAUGCACAUGUAGUAAAAUUGUGCGUCUAUCUAUGAAGUCUGAGCAAUU